AUGCACCACUCAAUCGCCAUUGCCAAGCUCGCCUUGCUCCUCGCCACUGCAGCCGUGUCCUGCGGCUUCUUCGUCGUCGCCCAUGCGCAUGCGCGGAAGAGCUGCUGGCCGCGCGAGAGGGACGCGCUGCUGGCCUUGAAGCAGGGCAUCAACGACACCGACGGCGUCCUUGCCUCAUGGCAAAAACUGCGCCAUGACUGCUGCCGCUGGACAGGCGUCGCCUGCAGCAACCAAACCGGCCAUGUCACCGAGCUUGACAUCGGUCAGAGCAGCUUGUUCGGCCAGAUAAGUCCUUCCUUGCUUGAUCUACAUCAUCUCCAGUACCUGGAUCUCAGCUUCACGUCCCUACUUGGACCAAACGGCAGCAGUGUAUUCCCGGAUUUCUUGUCUUCUUUGCACAACUUGAGACAUCUCGAUCUCGCCCACACGCCAUACUCUGGUAGAGUUCCUGCUCGGCUUUCCAGCCUUUCAAAUUUGGAGUAUCUUGAUCUCAGAUGGACAUCCCUGCAUGGUCAUGCUCCAGAGUUCUUGUUUUCUUACAAAAACUUGAGACAUCUCGAUCUCUCCAACACGCUCUUUUCCGGUACACUGCCACGUCAGCUAGGAAAUCUUUCAAACUUGCGACACCUUGACCUCAGUUAUAUGCAAAAUAUACACACAGCAGAUGUCUCAUGGUUAACUCAUCUGCAUUUCCUGGAAUAUCUUGACAUGAGUGGCAUAAAUCUCGGCACCGCCAACGUGUUCCCUGUGGCCAACACAAUCCCAACUCUCAAGGACCUCAUUCUUGGUAACUGCUCACUUCCAAACGCCAAGCAGCCGCUCACACACCUAAACCUCACAAAACUUGAGCAGCUUGUCCUCCACAGAAACUAUCUUGGCCAUCAAAUCGAUACGAGUUGGUUUUGGAACAUAACAGGCAUCACACAUUUAGACCUUGAUGAAACCUAUCUCUAUGGUCCAUUCCCUGACGCCCUAGGAGGUAUGACAUCCCUCCAAUUCCUAUCCUUUGCCUAUAAUGGCAAUUCAGCCACAAUGAUGGUGGACAUGAAAAAUCUCUGUGAUUUAGAGCUCCUACGGCUUGAUGGAAGUCUCGCGUUUGGGAACAUAACAGAGUUUUUAAGGAAACUGCCACAAUGCUCGUCCAACAAAUUCCUCUCUGUGUAUUCGAACCACAACAAUAUGACAGGAAUGCUGCCAGAUAUGGUUGGGCACUUGACCAACUUACAAGAUCUUUCCCUUUUGAUGUAG